AUGGCGGCGGUGCUUCAGGAGGCCGUGGCGGUGGCGCAGAUUCGGGAGCUGCGGCAGCGGUGCUGCAUCGGGCGGUGGCGGUGGCGCUGCAUCGGGAGCUGUGGCAGCGGCACUGCAUCGGGAGGCCGCAGCGGCGGGUCUGCAUCGGGAGGCCGUGGCGGUGGCGCCGCAUCGGGAGCAGCGUGGGCGGAGGAGCCAGCCGGUGGCCAUGGCGGCGGUGCUGCUUCUGGUGGCUGCGGCGAUGGUCUGGGCAUGUCGGGCCAGUUGGCUGUGCGGUGGCGGCUUCGGAUGGUGCAGGGUGCUCACGUCUGCGGACUUCGGCGGUCGUCCUCGAGCCCCGUGUCGGUGUUGUCGGCGUCCCCCUCUAUGUGGCGUUCCGGCGGCGCCCACGGUGAUCUUCGGCGGUUCUCCGUUGGCUUCGGGCUGUGUUGCCCUCUGCGCGUCGACGGCUACGGGUUGGCCAUGAGGUUGCUCAACGGUUGCAGAUGGUGGUUUGUGCUGGUCCUUGUUGGCGGGUGCGAGGUCUUGGAACUCUUCGCUGAGCGAAAGCUCUGUCUUGGCGGCCGGCCGGGACCGACGACGGUGAUGCAUGUGGGCGCCGCAUACUUCUUGAAGGCGUCGUCGAAGCGGGUGUUUCUUGUUCUCCACAAAACAAAAUGA